UGGACAACCAUCGACCCCUACGCUGGUAGCAAAUCUUUGCGCUUUCAUACAUUGUGUGGUGUAAAAUGACAUAAGUGAUUGUUACAGAGCAUCCAGUACCCAGACAACAUGCCUGGAAGGCCUCAUGAAGAAAUGCUGCUAGGCGGGCUUGCAGCUGUUGGAGCAGGGUUUUUCACCAAUCCCCUUGAAGUUGUAAAAACACGUAUGCAGCUGCAAGGUGAACUUAAAGCAAGAGGACACUAUGCCGUUCAUUAUCGUAACUCUCUUCAUGCCGUUUACACAAUAUUCAAAAGUGAUGGAAUCAUUCGACUACAGAGUGGACUGGUUCCUGCCCUGUGGUACCAGUUGUUUAUGAAUGGGAUGAGGUUAGGAUCAUACCAGAUCAUGACUAAUUUAGGACUAUUAAAUGGAAGUGAUGGUAAAGUCAGUUUUCUAAAGAGUAUAUUAGGUGGAGCUUCGGCUGGCUGUGUUGGGGCAAUAGUUGGAAGUCCAUUUUAUAUGGUUAAAACACAACUUCAGAGUAGAUCAGCUAGUUCUAUUGCUGUAGGGUACCAGCACAGACAUGGAAGCAUGAUGGAAGGUUUUACUGGUAUCCUGAAGGAGCAUGGUAUAGGAGGCUUAUGGAGAGGAGUUACUGGGGCCAUGUUAAGGGUAAUGAUUGGAUCUGCUGCUCAACUCACAACUUUUUCUACUGCCAAAGAAUAUAUACUUAGUUUGAAGGUAUUCAGUGACACAUCAAUACUCAUUCCAUUCUGUGCUAGUAUAAUUAGUGGUAUUGUAUUGACAGUGUUCAUGACUCCGCCUGAUGUAAUGUGUACUCGCUUAUAUAACCAAGGAGUGGAUGCUAAUGGAAAAGGACUGUAUUAUAAAAACCUACUAGACUGUGGAUUCAAAAUCAUGAAAAAGGAGGGACCAUGGGGAUUUUACAAAGGCUGGGGACCAUCCUUUAUAAGGAUUGCUCCUCAUUCUGUUCUGAGUUUAAUGUUUUGGGACCAGUUGCGAAAAACGUAUGAAAGACGUUAUCAUAAACAGUUAGAAAUAAAUAUUCCAGAUUCUGUUAAAUCCUCUGAAUAGAUGUACUAAAAGUGGUGGCAAUAGGAAGAUGUAUAAUUAAUCAGAUAUUUACAAACGGGUUAUCUUUAAUUCCUUAAUUGUAGGUCUUUAUAUUUUUUUAUGCCCUGCCUACAAUAGAGGGGAGGUAUUGUGUUGUCUAAUCUGUGCAAUCGUCUAUUAUUGUCUAUCCCGUAUUGCCGCAUAAAGUAAUCACCAAUCAAUCAAUCAUCUAUCCAGUAUUGAGUAUCAGGUUAGAAUUUUUUGUCAAGGUAGUUGACCAUUAACUUGUGAUCACAUCAACUUAAAACUU